AUGGUCCUUGCUCCCCACGGCUCGGACACGUUCGUGUGGAUCGACUCGGCUGCGACUCUCGCCGUGACCCUGUUCUUGCUGCAACUGGUGCGCUCAGCGGCACGCUCGCUGAAGUCUUCCUUUGAUAUAGUGGUUCGACUGAACUGCCAGUCUCUGCUGACGGGCGUUAUCUACGAAAAAGCCCUCCGAUUACACUGCUCCGAAACGCAAGAGUACUCCGAGGGCCGCGUCAUGAACAUGAUCAGCGCGGAUGUGAAGGACAUCUUUGCCUCGGCUUCCGAUCUGCAUCUCGUCUGGCUCACUCCGGCUCAACUUGUGGCGACGCUGAUCUUGCUGAAUCGCUUGAUUGGAUGGUCUAUGUGGGUCGGUAUUGGAUGCAUGUUGGUCCUCAUGACCAUCUUGAUGGCGUUCGCUCCGGUUUACGAAAGAUUUUGUGAACUCUUUCUCGAGCAUGAAGAUACCCGCCUCAAUAAGAUCCGCGAAAUGCUUUUGGGUAUCCGCAUGGUGAAACUCCGCGCCAUGGAAUCAAUCUUCGCCAAUGAAAUCAACAGCAUGCGUGACAAACAAAUCGACGCCCUAAAAAGCAAAGUCGGCGUCAACACCUUCGCUUGGACAUUAACAGCGCUCAUCACAAUCAUCAUGCCAGUCACGUCAUUUCUAGCGUUCGCUUCUCGAUCGGAUGGGACGUUCUCCGCAAGCAUCAUCUUCCCCGCGCUGGCGCUCUUCAGCGCCCUCGCUGAGCCGUUGAACUUUUACCCGGGGAUGUUGACGGAUGUUUGGAAACUGCGGGUGUCGUGGGCCCGUGUCGCUGGGUUUUUGCGUGCGCGUGAGGUUGAUCCUGUCGUCAAUGGUACAUUCACUUGGGCGGCGGCGGCAGCGGAUUCCGGAGAACCAUCCGAAACGGAUCCGUUGCUAUCAUCUGAAGCCCGUCCUGCUCCCAUCUUGAAGGGCGUCGACGUCUCCAUACCCUCUGGAGCACUGAUGAUGGUUGUUGGAGCAGUCGGCUCAGGAAAAUCGUCGUUCCUCUCUGCGUUGCUGGGCCAUAUGGUUCAGAUAUCUGGCGAGACAAAGAUGAACGGCUCGACCGCUUACGCGCCUCAACAGCCGUGGAUUACUACAGGGACAAUCAAAGACAACAUCGUUUUCAACGCAGCCAUCAACGACGCAAAGCUCAAACAAGUCAUCGAGGCUUGCUGUCUGGAGAGUGAUUUAGGGCAGAUGCGAGCCGGAUUGGAGACCAGUAUUGGAGAAUUGGGCGUGAAUCUGUCAGGCGGGCAGAAGGCCAGGGUGGCUUUGGCUAGGGCUGGGUAUGCGGAUGCUGAUAUCAUACUCCUGGAUGAUCCGCUCGGCUCGCUCGACCCGGUCGUCAGUCGGGACGUUUUUGCGAAAUGCAUCCAAGGGGUACUUGCUGGCAAAACUCGAAUCCUCGUUACCCACCAGCUCCAUCUCCUCCAACAUGCGGAUCAUAUUAUUGUCUUGAAGGAGAACAGUAUUGCGGAGCAGGGCACGUACACGGACCUCAUGGCAGCAAACGGCACUCUUUCCGCCCUUGUGAAAGAUCAUCAAGUGGACGACGCCGCACCAGCUUCUUGCGCACCCGAGAUCUUCAACGCUGAAGACGUCCCGGAAGCUUCCGCGGAAGGAGACGACGACUUCCAAAAAACCGAAUCCCGAAUCCGUGGCCGCAUCAGCAAAGCCCAUCUAAUGGCGUACAUCCGGUCCAUCGGCGGCUGGAAGAUGGUCAGCGUGAUUCUGAUGUCGGUGUCUGUGAAACAGGCGGCGUCUGUUAUGGCUGCUGUUUGGCUCGCGUGGUGGUCUGAGAAGCAUUUUGCGGAUUUCACACAGGGUGAUUAUUUUGAGGUUUAUGGAGGGUUGGCGGCUGGGCAAGCUGUUUCUAUCAGUCUCUUCCUCGUCGUGGUCUACUACGCCGGGUUCCGCGGCAGCAAAUACUUCCACCCGGCCGCCCUCCAAAACAUCCUCAGGUCGCCCCUCUCCUUCUUCGAACGCGAACCCAUCGGCCGUAUCAUGAACCGCUUCUCGGGCGACCUCGACACUAUCGACGAUGACCUACCGUCCGAGCUACACCUCUUCCUCACCAACCUCUUUGACCUCCUCGGCACGUUCGCCAUCCUCACCUGGGUAUCCUAUUGGAUCGUCGUCAUCGCGGUUCCCAUUGUCGCGUGCUACUGGCACCUCCAGCGGAGGUAUCGCCCCGUCGCGCGUGAAAUCCGCCGUAUGAUGGCCAUCCAACGCUCUCCACUCUUCGCCUACAUCUCCGAAUCCCUCGCGGGCGUGAACGUGAUCCGCGCAUUCUGCCGCGAAAAGGAUUUCAUCGCGACGCAGAGACGGCAUUUGGACGCGAGUUUGGAGGUGAAUGUGAUUCGUGCGGCGUGUACGGUGUGGUUGGAGUUUCGCUCGGAGUUUCUGGCGUCGUUUGUGACGUUGGGGAUGGCGCUUGUCGGGGUGUUGUCGGAGGCGGCGGCGGGGUUUGUGGCGCUGGCGUUAGUUUAUACGGUGGCGUUGAAUACUAGUGUGCAGGCGUUCGUCAAGUCAAGCGUAGAUCUCGAAGCAGCCCUCGCGGCCGUCGAACGUCUCUCCGAAUACGCCACCGAUCUGAUCCCCGAACCACCUGCCAACCUACCCACCGAUCCCACAUCAACCGAGUGGCCCACCGAGGGCAAGAUCGUCGUAACGGACCUCAAAAUUGCAUACCCCAGCAAUCCCGACGCACCUGUUCUCAAAGGUCUCACCCUCAUCAUCAACCCAGGCGAGCAUAUCGCAGUGGUUGGACGUACAGGAUCCGGCAAGUCGACAUUCAUGAGCGCCUUGUUCAGGGUCGUUGAAUACACCUCUGGUUCAGUGACCAUCGACGGCCGCGAUGCCAGCACUCUCGGUUUGAAUGUCCUACGUUCAAGUAUCCAGAUAAUACCCCAGGACCCGGUUCUGUUCGAGGGUACCAUCCGCUCCAACCUCCUGCUCGGGCAUGCAAACUGGACCCAUCAUGCGUCCAUCACCGAUGCCGACAUCUGGUCCGCAAUCCGGCGCGUCGGGCUCGGCAAAAUGGUCGAAGACCUCCCCGACAAGCUCGACCACGCCGUCGAAUCCGGCGGUCGGAGUCUGUCAUUCGGUCAACGGCAGCUGAUUUGUCUUGCGCGAGCGUUGCUUGAACGGCCGAAGAUCUUGGUGCUGGAUGAGGCGACGGCGAGUUUGGAUGCAGAGGCGGAUGCGAUGGUGCAGGAUGUUAUUGCAAGGGAGAUGAAGGGAGUUACGGUUAUUUCUGUUGCGCAUCGACUGCACACGAUCGCAGGCUUCGACCGGGUCCUCGUCCUUGACGAUGGUGAAAUUGUCGAAUCAGGAACUCCCACGGAAUUGCUGAGAAAUUCGGAAACUCAUUUCAACCGUCUUGCAUCCGCCAUGGGCAUGGCGAACCGUGAGGCGUUGGUGAGGGCUGCACAGGCGUAA